AUGGAAUCCACCACGUACUUGGAUUUAUGCGAAGAGAUUUACAAAAAAAUCACGAACAGGCUACAAGGAACCCCCGAAGGUGGACGCCGCUUUGCUGGGACGGGGACAAUGAAGGAAGUGCUGAAUGACGAUCUCCUGAGACAAUUCUUCAGCAGUCUUGAUAUUCCUGAGUCCGUUUUGAUGGCUACCAACUCCAGCAUCGAUGAUUUGAUACACAGGUUUGCUGAAAGAGACCUCUUUAACUUUCUGGCCACUCUGAUAUACAUCACUUGCAACAUCCACGCUGCGCGAACCUUCACUACCGAGCUUGUCGCUGGAGAUGUCUGGGCUGCCAAGACUUAUGAGCUACCAGUCGAGCGUACGGUUUUAGAUGAUCUAUUUCGGGAUCAGGUUACAGCGGACAAAUUCAUUGAGCAUCAGGCAUGCUUCUGCACCAAGGUUAUUAAGAAGUGGCGAGAAAAUAUCAUUAAAAACCCAGACGGACAGCGUCUUCCUUAUCUCGAGGAAACGUUUCUGAACGAAGGCGCAUUCGGUGCAGUGUACAAAGUUAAAAUUGCUAAAGGCCAUUUCUACGACCCGAACUUGAAAUCUGCCAACGACGAACCGAUAGAAAUUGCACGCAAAGACUACAUCAGGUCUUCCCGGGAAAACGAAAAUGAGGCGCUCAUCAUGAGAAAGAUUGUGUCUGCCCAGUGGUCUUGCAAGAAUAUCGUGGAAAGCUACGGCAGUCUUGUAGUUGGCCCAAAGACAUACAGUCUGUUCAUGCCGCUCGCCGUAUGUGACCUGUGGGAAUAUAUGACGCAGUUGAGGCGCCAUAGACCCGAUAAAUUGGCGAUCAUCCAGGCUGCUCAGGGCCUUGCGAAUGGGUUAAAUUUUCUUCAUACAGGAAUCAAUACGACCAACGAGAGACUGGUUUGUUACCAUAUGGAUCUCAAGCCCAGGAAUAUUCUGGUGUUUUCAGAGGAAGUCGAAGGAAACAUUCAUUAUAUUUGGAAGAUAAGUGACUUCGGUAUGUCUCGCGUGAAAACAGUCCGCACAGAUCAGUCUGGGCUACAUAGCGUGAAAGAGAACAACUUCAACGGCCCCUUCGUUCGGCGUGAACAGCCAGAGGAUGCGACUGGGACUUUGAAUCGGCGAGAACAAUCAACGUACCUUGGACCGGAAUCUAUCUCUGCGAACCGAAAUAUGAAGACGAGUAGCGAUGUAUGGUCGCUUGGUUGUGUCAUUAGCGUCUUAUUCGCAUAUUUGGAAGAUGGGGCCGACGGAGUGGAAACUUACUCAGACAAGCGAGUAGCCCACCCUAAAUCCCAGGGCUACGAUCGCUUCUUCGUCCGAGAUGGAGGAUUCAGGCCCUUUCAAGUCAAUCCCGAGGUCAGAAAGAUGCAUGACUAUCUAAUUAUCAAAGCACGACAGCGAAACCCCAAUGAAGGGGCAGCAGUCCGGCUUAUGUUAGAGUACCUGGAGAACGAGGUUUUCAAAGACCAAUCGAAGCGAUGCAAAGUGUCGGACAUGGAAGAGACCCUCCGAAGAACAAGAAUGAUAUAUGAGAACCUGGAGCAACCACCAAUACAAAGUCAAAGCGUGUCACAACAUCCCAAUUGGAUUACAACAAUACGCAGCCGAUUAUCGAGUGGCAUUGGUCGCGGAAAAGUGAGUCCUCAUGCAGAUAAUAGACUCCAGAGGAUGUUUCUGGAUGGUAAAGAGCCUUUCAAGGGAUGUGAAAUCUCUCCCGAUGGGUAUAUUGUUGCCUUCUGGUCUGAUUCCAUGAUAUCAAUUUACACAUCUAACACACUGCCUUUGGCAGAGGCAAGUGAGCUAGUUCCAGUGGCAAAAUCGGCAGGAGAAUUCAUAGAACCAGAUCUUCAUUUUAUCUGGAAAUCCGUGAGCGUAACGGACAAGUACCUAAUAGCAUCCACAUCAGGGGGAAACUUCAGGUGUUAUGUUUUUGAUUUCCAAAGAGGCCCCUCGCCCGGUGAAAACCUCUUAUAUCCACAUUGUUAUUCCUUGUCAUCACUUCCAGAAAUCAAGCGACUUGCCCUCUCCCCCGACAGCCAGACUAUCGUUUUUAUUCUGCGUGAUGCAAAUGAUGAAAACAAUCCGGGGACUCUGUACCGCGCUCCGGUGACAGCUGUUGGGGACUGUGAGCGCCUAUGUCAGCUAGAUUGGCCAGCAGCGGAUGCUAUACAGCUUUUCUUUUCAACAAACCAAGAUAUAUGGAUUGUUUUUCGACCGAAUCUCAAUUCUCUCGAUCCGGAGCACAAAAUCCCCAUCUUUCAUAUCUGCCUUCAGCAGAAGCAGAUAGAUCCUCUCAUAAUUGAACUUCAAGGCUUCGAUAUCAACACAACAGUCGGCAUCUUCACGACCCUAGCGCCUUUCAACAAAGUUCCCGACGCCUGCGCGGUUGUCACCCGUGAAGAAAUGCUCCACAUCAAAAGCCUCAAUCCAGAAAAGCUGUUUCGCUCCGCCACAGCGGAUAUUCAUACCUACCGAAUCUUGAAACUGAUGAUGGGCUGGGAUGAUAAGAGACUAUUUGCUGUGGGCAAGAGGUAUCACAGAAUGCUUUUGUUGGAAAUCACCAUGCCAGGGCUCAGGAGAAAUGAAACCCCCAUCACAAAGGAAAUUUCCAUCACAGAGCUGGCGGAGCUUCCAGGUCUUUCGGAUGAUGAUGACUUCACAGAGAGAUUGUCUUCCCAGGGUGACGAGAAAUUCAUUCUUCUCGCUGCCCUUACGAAUGAUAACCGACGCGCUAUAUACAGGUUCCGAAUUCUUUGA